AUCUAUGAGCUUUGCGCGUUUGUGAUUUUUUUAAUUAACCAUAUUUAAGUCUCUGCAAUUGAAUUUUGAAUUUUUAUUUUUUUACUUAUAAUUAAUUAUUCACUAUUGGAAUAAUAGUUAAUCGAGCAUUUUUGUGUUAAAUGAAAUCGAUUUUAAUGAAAAAUUAUUGUGAAUAACAUGCCAAAACUGUUAAAACUAACACAAGAAAAAGUAUGUUUCAUACGAAUAGAAUUUCAAAGGUAAUUAAUACAAUACCGACGAAUUUGUUAUUAAAAUUUUUAAUAAAAUUUAAUAGAAUAGAUUUACUGAUAAUCACAUAUUGGCAUUCUACAAAAUAUUAAAAAGAAUAUUAAUUCAGCUAUGUAGGAAACAUAGUUAUACAGAUGUUUCCUAUUAAAAUUGGUACUUCUGUUUGUGAAGCACAUCAUAUAAGUAUCUAUCAUUCACUCGAAUAGUGAAUUUAUUUAUAAAAAUUCUAUAUUUUCCACGGCAACUGUUUAUAAAAUUUGAGUGAGAAAAAGAAGUUCUAACUCUACUUCUACACGCACAGUUAAAAAGAAUAUCUCAGGGGAAAAAUAUCCCCAUUAAUUACGCUCCUGUAACUAAAGUUGAUUUGUAUUAGGAAGCAUGGAGUAUCAUGUAAACUCGAUGAAUUUAUAACCCUCAAAUUUAGCGUAUAUAAAAGAGUUUCACAUAAAAUAUUUUAAUGGAACUUUUCAAGUGAAUUAUGCGCUAUUAUAUAGCUCACAAAUCUUGUUAAAAAAUGUGCUUAAGUGUUCCCUAACUAUGUAAAAUUAGGUUAUUCAAGUUUUGUGUACUCCAAAUUUAUUUCAUUCAUGAAUAAAAUGUAUAAACCAAUCGUUUAUAUUGUGAUUUAAUUUCAUGUUAUGUGGUGCAAUAUAAUGUAAUUAUUCGUUUUUAUGAGAAUAUUUACAAAAUAUUAUCACAUACCGCAUCAAUAAUAAUGGCAAGUGCAGAAGUAUCUGAAAACCCAGCAAAUUGGGAACCACUACGAUUAACACAUAUCAAACCAUCGUUCACUAGUCAAGAAUCUACUCUUGCAGCUCGCCAGGAUUUAUGGCACAAAUUUAUUUUAUACGGUAUAGGAAAAUACAAAGCAACAGAAGUGUUGAGGAGAAUCAUUACUGCCUGUGAUCCGGAAAUUAUAUUACCAGUUAUGUAUAAAGAAGAAGGUCCAAAUAAAAGCAAUUUUUUGGCAAAAUGUAAUCCUACUGCAAUAGAAAAUCUUGUGAAACAAGGUUUAUGUGUGAGUUUACAAAACGGACAAGAAUUACACAUUGAUAUAGUGUUAGGAUUCUUAGACUCCAAAGAUUUACAAUUGAAUCCUAACAGGAUUAUUGCUCAAGCAUUAUAUUACAGAUAUGAACCUACAAAGAAAGUAUUGAACCUUGAUGAUUUUGAGAAUGAGAAAUCAUUGGGCUCCAUAUAUUGUCCUGUAUCUUUACCUAAAGUAUUGCAAUUUGUUUUAAGAUGCAGUAGAAUGGGAAUCUUAAAUACCAACCGUGAUUCAAGAUUACCAAUUCGUGAGCUAAGCUUGAAGUACAACAAAAUUACAGCCAUUAUCUUGUUUGAGAAAUUUUUUAAUUAUCACUUGACUAAAUUAGAUCUGAGGUAUAAUCAGAUUGGAGAUGUAGAUUAUUUACGAUAUUUCAGUGAGUUCAAGAUAAGCGAACUUUGGUUGGAUGGAAAUCCACUCUGUACAAAAUACAAUAAGUGUCAAGAUUAUGUACAAGCUGUAAAAACUGUUUUUCCCCAUCUACAGAAAUUAGAUGGUGUUGUUAUAGACACAGAGCAAAAGUUUGUUCCUAAUGUCCAAACUAAUUUUCUAAGAGAUGGAACAAAAACCUGUCUGAUUAAACAAUUUUUAAAACACUAUUUCACAUUAUACGAUCAAGAUGAUAGACAAGUGAUGAAUGGAUUAUAUGACAGAGAUGCGCUUUACUCUAUGACUCUGGGGCCACUAACAAAUUAUGCUCAUAAACAAAUAACUAAAACAUUUGUUACAAAUAGGAAUUUAUUGAAAUUUGUUGAUUAUGCUAAGUGCCAAGAAUUUUUAUUGCGUGGACCAGAAAAGAUUAUUUCUGCUCUCAGAAAUCAACCACCUACAAUACAUAAUUUCAAAUCUUUUCAUAUAGAUUUACUAUAUGAAGAAGAUAGUCAUUUAGCAGUUUCUGUGCAAGGCACUUUCUCUUUUCGAGAAAUUCCAUGCCCACCAAUGUUUUUCAAUAGGACUUUUAUUAUUGUACAAAAAGAGGACAAUGAAUAUUGUAUUACUAAUGAUCAGUGCUACCUUGAUGGAACACCUGCAAAUAGUAAUUUACCGGGAAACAAUGAAAUGAAAUUUGAAUCGAGAAGUGCACCUAAAUUUGAUCCAACUGUGUUCAGUGUCUCUGAGAAGGAACAGUUGCUAACAUUUCUACAUGAAUUAACUACAAUGAACAUGAAGUUUUGUCACCAAUAUCUUCAAGAAGCCAAUUGGGAUAUAAGAGCUGCUAUUACAACAUUUAUGAACAUGUAUACAGUUAAUAAUGUACCACCAGAAGCCUUUAUAUAAUUAACUAGUAUUUUAUAGAGAAUUAUAUAAUAUGUAGAGGAAUAUGUAUAUAUUUGAAAUAUUGUAUGUAACAUAUUUUGUAAUACUUUCAUCAACUUCUGUAGGAUGUGAAUGUAAUAUUUCUUAAACGGAAUAAAA